AUGACAAAUCUUAUUACAGAAUCAACAACCAAUAUUGUUAAUGAAUUACUUGAUGAUAUCAAAGAAAAUAUUAUUCAAAUAAACGAUAAUUUUGAACAAAUUCAAUUAAAUACUGUUAAACCAAUAAAUAUAACAAAUUUACUUGAAAAAAAAUUAUUAAAUAAUGGUGAACAUAAAGAUGAAUCGCAUGUAUUAUCAUCAUCAUCAAAUGGUUCAACAUUAGAAACAAAUGAAUCACCAACACCACUUAUUUUAAUGAAUAAACAAAUUGAAUUAAUACAUCCACUUGAACAUCAAUGGUCGUUUUGGUAUUUAAAAAAUCAACAAGGAAAAGAUUGGCAAGAUAAUUUAAUGAAAUUAGCAACAUUUGGUUAUGUCGAAGAAUUUUGGGCUCUUUUCAAUCAUCUUCGUGUUGCUUCACGUUUACCACCAAGUUGUGAUUAUAUGUUAUUUAAAAGUUCUAUUUUACCUUGUUGGGAAGAUCCACAAAAUUCUAGUGGUGGUCGUUGGGUUCUUUAUUUUUCUAAACCAGAACAGGUCUAUUUAAAUCUUGAUGUUUGUUGGCUUGCUUCAAUGUUAGCUCUCAUUGGUGGUCAAUAUGCACAAGAUACGAAUUAUGUUAAUGGUGUUGUUCUUUCAGCACGAAAAAGUUGUGAUCGUAUUGCACUUUGGACAUCAGUUCAUCAUGAUCAACAACUUAUAUAUCGUAUUGGACGACGUAUGCGUGAAUUAAUCAAUAUUCCACGACAAAUUCAUAUUUUAUUCGAACUUCAUAAUCAAGAAACAAAUACAACAACUAGUCUUAUAAAUAGAAAGAAAAGUACAGCUGGUAGUAAUAAAGUUAUCUAUCAAUUAUGA